UUCACUAUAUCUUCUGUGACCUCGUGGCGAUCGAUCGAUGGUGACUUCGACUAUAUACCAUUUUGGCAAACCAUCGUAGAUUUCUUCAAAUGGCCCCCUGGUCGACUCGCACAGCAGAAAGUUGACCGACUCCUAGCGUGGUGGACAAGG